CUGUCAGCUACACCCGACACCAGCUAAGUCCUAUAGCGUUUCUGUACACUCACAACCACCAUGAGCAAAGGAAAAGUCUGUCUCGCAUACUCCGGUGGUCUCGACACCUCCUGCAUUGCAGGCUGGCUCAUCGAGCAAGGCUACGAGGUGAUUGCCUUUAUGGCCAAUAUCGGUCAAGAGGAAGACUUUGAAGCUGCUCGUGCCAAGGCCCUCAAGAUUGGUUGCAAGGAAGUCCACAUCGAAGAUGUUCGAAGUGAGUUUGUCACUGAGAUUUGUCACCCGGCCAUUCAAUGCAAUGCCAUCUAUGAGAAUGUCUACAUGCUCGGCACUGCACUCGCUCGACCCAUCAUUGCACGUGCACAGAUUGCUGUUGCUGAACGAACGGGUUGUGGCUUUGUUUCGCAUGGUUGUACGGGAAAGGGCAAUGACCAGGUGCGUUUCGAGUUGGCGUUUUAUGCAUUGAAACCAGACAUCAAGGUGAUUGCACCCUGGCGUGACCCAGCCUUCUACAACCGAUUCGUCGGUCGUAGCGCAUUGCUUGACUUUGCUGCUUCGCGUGGUAUUCCUGUUUCGCAGACGGCAGCCAAACCUUUCUCUGAGGAUGAGAAUUUGGCGCACAUCUCGUAUGAAGCUGGUAUCCUGGAAGAUCCCAACACCACACCUCCCGAUGAUAUGUGGAAGUUGACGGUUGACCCCAGGAAAGCACCCGACACGCCCGAAGAGCUGUCGAUUGACUUCAAGGAAGGUAUCCCCGUGAAGCUUGUCUUGAAUGAUGGCGAAGCAUCGACAGAUCCGCUCGAGAUGUUCCUGACAUUCAACAAACUGGCUAGGAAGCACGGUGUCGGACGUAUUGAUAUUGUUGAGAACCGUUUCAUCGGCGUCAAGUCUCGUGGCUGUUAUGAAACACCAGCACUCACCAUCUUGCGAGCUGCUCACAUUGAUUUGGAAGGCUUGACGCUUGAUCGGGAUGUGCGUGCAACGCGAGAUCAAUUCAUUACGCCAAAGUUUUCGGAAUUGCUGUACAAUGGUGCUUACUUUUCGCCACUCACGCAAAUGUUGCUGCCGGCCAUCAAGGCAUCGCAGGUCAGCGUGACUGGUAAUGUACGAUUGUCACUGUACAAGGGCAGCGUUCGUAUUCUGGGUCGGUCGUCUGAGUACUCGCUGUAUGAUGAGGAAGGUGCUUCGAUGGAUCAGCUUGGUGGAUUUGACCCAGCUUGGUCGACUGGCUUCAUUGAGGUGUCGAGUAUCCGAUUCAAGAAGUGGGCACAGGUGAAUGCCAAGAUUCAGGGCAAGUAGCUAUAGAGAAGUCGUAGACUCGAGGACUGUUCGCUAUCGAUCUUGUUUUCAAUCACUUCUCACCCAGCCCCAUGCUUAGACACAGCACUACCCC